CUUUUCUUAUUGAUAUAGCUCCCAAGGAACUGGAUGCAUUUGCAUUUCUUGCGUGCAAUUGGUACUGCAAUGUCCAUGAGAGCAGGGAUUGCUGCAGAUGCUGCUGCAGCAUUACUUUUUCGCGUACUUUCACAGCCUGCAUUGCUUUUUCCUCCUCUAAGACAAGUCGAAGGAUUUGAAUUUCAGCAUGAACCUUUAGAUGGUUAUAUUUCAUCCUACAAGAAGCAGAUAGAAGUGCCUGCAACUGAAGCAACUAUUGAAGCCACUGCCCAAGGGAUUGCAUCAAUGCUUUGUGCACAUGGUCCUGAGGUUGAAUGGAGAAUUUGCACCAUAUGGGAAGCUGCUUAUGGCCUAAUUCCUUUAAGUUCCUCAGCUGUUGAUCUUCCUGAAAUUAUAGUUGCAACCCCAUUGCAACCUCCCAUUUUAUCAUGGAACCUUUAUAUACCCCUUCUUAAAGUCCUGGAAUAUCUUCCUCGUGGAAGUCCAUCUGAAGCAUGUCUCAUGAAGAUAUUUGUUGCUACAGUGGAAUCAAUUCUUCAGAGGACAUUUCCAGCUGAGUCCUCCAGAGAAAAUAUCAGAAAAACAAGAUACCUUUUUGGAAUAGGGUCUGCCUCCAAAAACCUGGCUGUGGCUGAGCUUCGUACAAUGGUCCAUGCACUAUUUCUAGAAUCAUGUGCAUCUGUAGAGCUUGCUUCACGCCUUCUUUUUGUUGUGUUAACCGUUUGUGUCAGUCAUGAAGCUCAGCAGAAUGGAAGCAAAAGACCAAGAGGUGAAGAUAGCCAUCUUUCUGAGGAAAUCACUGAGGACUUGUCAGAUGCAUCUGGAAAUCAGAGAGACAUGAAAACCAGAAAAAUGAAAAAACAAGGGCCUGUAGCAGCUUUUGAUUCUUAUGUUCUUGCUGCUGUUUGUGCUCUUGCAUGUGAACUUCAAUUAUUCCCUUUGAUUGCUAGGGGAAAUAAUCAUUCAGCCUCUAAAGAUGUACAGAUCAGAGCAAAGCCUGCAAAAUUAAAUGGAUCUUCUAGUGAAUUCCGCAAUAGCAUUGACUCUGCCAUUCGUCAUACCCACAGAAUAUUAGCAAUUUUAGAGGCACUCUUUUCACUGAAGCCAUCUUCUGUUGGCACCUCUUGGAGUUACAGUUCAAAUGAAAUUGUUGCUGCUGCUAUGGUUGCUGCUCAUGUUUCUGAACUAUUCAGACGUUCAAAAGCUUGUAUGCAUGCCCUCUCUGUCUUGAUGAGAUGCAAGUGGGAUGAAGAAAUCUACACCAGGGCUUCUUCACUCUAUAACCUCAUUGACAUUCAUAGCAAAGCUGUUGCAUCCAUUGUCAACAAGGCAGAACCACUAGAAGCACACUUAAUUCAUGCAACAGUUUGGAAGGACAGCCCUGGGCAUAAAGAUGGCAGCAAAGAAAAUGACUGUGCAAGCACUAGCUGCUUCAAAUCAGUGAAUCCCUUGCUUCUGCACUGUGAAGAUUCAGCUUAUUCAAAAAGUUUACCUAAAUUUGAGAAAGCACCACAUUUAAAUGAAGGCACAGGAAAUAGCUUGGGUAAAGGUAUUGCAAGCUUCCCAUUAGAUGCUUCAGAAUUGGCCAAUUUCCUCACUAUGGACAGGCAUAUAGGAUUUAGUUGCAGUGCACAAGUUCUUCUAAGAUCAGUACUCGCAGAGAAACAAGAGUUAUGUUUCUCUGUUGUUUCACUUCUUUGGCACAAGUUAAUUGCAGCCCCAGAAACAAAACCUAGCGCAGAAAGCACUUCUGCCCAACAAGGAUGGAGACAGGUGGUUGAUGCGCUAUGCAACGUCGUAUCAGCAUCACCGGCAAAAGCAGCUACAGCAGUUGUUCUUCAGGCUGAGAGGGAAUUGCAGCCUUGGAUCGCUAAAGAUGAUGAUCUAGGUCAGAAGAUGUGGAGAAUCAACCAAAGAAUUGUAAAAUUGAUCGUGGAGCUAAUGAGGAAUCAUGAUAGACCUGAAUCGCUAGUAAUUUUGUCAAGUGCUUCAGAUCUUCUUCUACGUGCCACAGAUGGAAUGCUUGUGGAUGGAGAAGCAUGCACGUUACCUCAAUUGGAGCUUCUGGAAGCAACAGCUAGAGCAGUUCAACUUGUACUGGAAUGGGGAGAAUCUGGAUUGGCUGUUGCAGAUGGCCUUUCAAACCUGUUAAAGUGUCGUGUACCAGCUACCAUCCGAUGCCUUUCUCAUCCAAGCGCACAUGUCCGUGCCCUCAGCACAUCAGUUCUUCGUGAUGUUCUGGAAAGUGGCUCAAUAAAACCUCAUAUCAAACAAGGGGGCAGAAAUGGCAUCCACUCUAAUCAGUAUGUAAAUUUAGGCAUCAUUGACUGGCAAGCAGAUAUUGAAAAAUGCUUGACAUGGGAAGCUCAUAGCAGGCUAGCUACUGGAAUGACUAAUCAAUUCCUUGAUGCUGCUGCCAAGGAACUAGGCUGUACUAUUUCCAUUUAACAUCAACUAAGAUUUGGCAACCUCUCUUGCUUUUAUGAAUAUAUUCAUUUCCAGUGAGACUUACAAAUAGAAACAACAUAACCAAUCGGCUUGGGGGAUGUUGGUAGGCCAGAGGAAUAACUGAUUAAUUCUGUUAUUCUAGUUAUAAAGCCACAGAUGCCACUACAAUCCUCAUGCAAGGACAAUUGAUGUACAGUUAGACUGUAGACUGGGCCAAAAUGGGGCUUUGUAUCGUGUUGUAUUAAUUUCAACUCUGCCCAGGUUAGUUUCUUCUGUUAUAGGCCUGAAUCACUUCAUGUAAUUUGGUUACCUUUGACAGAGAUGGCAAAAUCAGGUGGUAGCAUCAUGUUGAAUAGAUUCCACAUCGGCUACAUUUUGAAAAACUCCCACUCUUUGUUUUGUUUUUCCCGUU